UCCAUGCUGCUUUCGACGUGAACAAAAUGAGACAUAACAUUAUUUGGCUUAUCGGUGGAUUGUUUACAUUUUAAAGAUUUGUGUGAUAUCAUAGCGGCGAGACAUAAUCGACAUUUUUAUUUAGUUUUUAUUUCUGCUGGGAAACACUGUGAACACAUUGUUAAGAUUUUGUUUUAUAUUUGUAGUCCGAUCAGCUGAUGGUUUCAUUGAUUUUGCGAGGCGGUUCAUUAUUUUGUUAUUGUGGCGUCGAUUCUUGCCUUAAAGCCACAACAUUUAGACUAGUCUUGUUUUUAUCAAACUAGUUCAGUGUGACAGCUAACAGGUCAAGGACGAAGUUUUCUUUUAUUUUUCACCAUUUUUCAAAACGUACUAGUAACAUUUUGCCGCAAAGGGAACAGGAUUCUCAUCGGCAAGCCCAAACUUUUAAAUCCUUACAAAAUUUGUGGAGCAUCGCUUUUCAAACAUUGUAGAAUGUCGACAGAUUCCAGAUAUAAUGUUGUUUUUGUGCUUGGUGGACCUGGAGCUGGAAAAGGUACACAGUGUCAACUGAUACAAAAGGAAUUUGGUUAUGUCCAUCUUUCUGCUGGAGAGCUGCUUAGAAAUGAACAGAACACAGAAGGUUCCGAAUAUUCCAAAGAGAUAGAUAAUCACAUCCGCAAUGGUACCAUUGUUCCAGUAAAAAUUACCUGUGCUCUUCUAUACAGGGCAAUGCAAGGCAGUGGUAAACAUAACUUCCUAAUUGAUGGAUUCCCCAGAAACAAGGACAAUUUAGAUGGCUGGAAUACAGAAAUGGAUAAAGUUGCUAAAAUACAAUGUGUUCUAUUUUUCAACUGUCCAGAUCAGGUGUGUGUAGAGAGAUGCUUGAAACGAGGAAAAACUAGUGGCCGUACAGAUGACAAUGAAGAAAGCUUGAAGAAAAGAAUAGAAACAUAUUAUAAGUCAACACUGCCAAUAAUUGCACACUAUAAAUCCUUGAAUCUGGUUGCAGAAAUUCAUGCAGAACAAGAUAAGACAAAGGUUUUUCAAGAUGUGAAGACGGUGUUUGAAAACUUCAAAAACAGUUAAUAAGAGCAGAACAGUAGAUGUUGGUGCUUUUUGUACCAGAUUACAAAAUUUUACUACAGCACUUUAAAAUAUAUAUAUUCUGUAAAUCAUAAAAGUAAUGCUUGAUGAUUAUUGCUUUGGGACAUGUAACAAUUCAUGUUUUUAUUAAUUAAUGCAUAUGGCAGUCGCAACAUUUAAAAAAAUGUGUACCUCAAAUUUUAACACAUGCACAUUUUUGUUGGGUGGGUGUCUUAAUUCUUGAUGUUAUCAGUGAAAAAAAAUUCAAAUAAUUAUUACACUAAUGACAUUGGCAACAGUUUAUGCAGUAAUUUUAUGAUUUACAGUAUAUUUAUUCCUUUCAUGAAAAAAAUUAUUGAGGAGAUGUUUUAACAGUAAUAUUGUCGCUUUGAAUAUUCAUUAUGUUAAUGUUAUGUUAAAUAAAAUCCAAGAAAUUGUUUA